AUGCGUGUCACUCAUUAUGAUAGGCAGGCCUCUGUAUUUGUUGUGGAAGAGCUAGAGCCGUUCGAGGGAUGGGAGGGAGGUUCCUUCCAUGUUUGGCUAUCAGACGGUACGUGUGAUUGUGGCUUAUUUCAAUCUCUCCACUAUCUGUGCCGCCACACACUAGCCGGGUGCGCCACCGCUAGCAUUGAGUGGGUCUCAUAUGUGCAUCUAGUGUACAAACAGGAAGCUGUGUUCAAGGUGUAUGAGAUGGAGUUUUCCCCUAUCCCUGACGAGUCGUUGUGGGUGGAGUUGAAUAGGACGAUGUUGCGUCCUAAUCCAGUCAUGCGUCGGAAGGUGACUAGAAGGCCCGUGUCCACCAGGUUCUAG